AUGGACAGUGAUUGUACAAACACCACCAUUUGUAAUGGUGAGCUUAUGCAUGGACUCCAACUUGACAUGCACACUAACGUGGGCAGCAGAGUUCUCGACGAAGAAGGUUUUCUAGGAAGAUUUCCACCUCCAGUUUAUCACGAUGAAGAUGGAAUUGCCAAUGUACUUGCUAUUUGCGAGAUGAAUGCUGCGGGAUACCGCAUUACUAUGGAUACUGAUGCUGACAAUGCUUUUAUUGUGCAUUGUGAUGGAAACCAAAGAAUGCGAUUUGUGAAUCGUAAGGGUGUGUAUGUGUUGGAGCAACUUGGAGCAAAUGUCAAACCAGGUGCCAAAGAGACAAGUGCGAUGUACCGUCGCCAGUGUAGCAACUUAAAUAAUCAACCCCAUUUCGAACUUUCUUCAAACAAACAGAAUGGAUAUGCUGGACUCAAGAUGACCUCCAAGAUGGCAACCGUUUGA